UCCAAAGAAAAAUCGACGACGUGUCAGUGUAUGAAGCGCUAAAUAAUUGUGCUAUACUGUUUGAAAAACACCAGAGAGUACAGCUUUAGAAAGGACUAGAGACGGAAUUCUGUGUGGAGGUCAGAAUGAUGGUGCUUCAAUUUGAACAAUUGCAAUGGCGGCAUCACAUCAAUGGCGUUUCUCUUUCUCACUCCUCAUUACUUCGAAAAUUCAACGGCGGAAAAUCCCGUUCGUCUACAAUUGUGUGCUCGCAAUCAUCUCCUACCAGGACUCAAAGGAUAAUGGAAAGCAUAUCAAUAGGAGAAGAAGCUGGUGGUGCAGGAGGGACAAACUCUUAUAGUGCUUUGAAGAGGUUGGACAAAGUAUGGACUAACAUCUGCUCUGCUGAAGCAGAAACUAAACCACCACAAGUAGUUACCAGUGUCGAAGGUGCAUUUAAGCGUGAUGAAGCUUCGGGAAAGUCAGUAGAGGAUUUUGAUGUAUUAGUGUGUGGAGGUACUUUAGGAAUUUUCAUUGCCACUGCUUUGUGUGCCAAAGGCCUUAAGGUUGGGAUCGUGGAAAGAAAUAUAUUGAAAGGGAGGGAGCAAGAAUGGAACAUCUCAAGGAAAGAGUUAUUGGAACUUGUAAAAGUUGGAAUUUUGGAUGAAAAUAGCAUUGAACAAGCUAUUUCCACAGAAUUUAAUCCUAACAGAUGUGGAUUUGAACAGAAGGGUGAGAUAUGGUUCAAGGACAUUCUUAACAUUGGGAUUUCGCCAGCUAAGUUGGUGGAAAUAAUGAAGGAACGCUUCAGGUCCCUUGGUGGUAUUAUCUUGGAGGGUUAUAGUGUUUCUAGCAUUUGUGUGUAUGAUGAUGUAGCGGUUUUGCAAGUAUCUGAAGAAAAGAUUUUAUCAUCACGCCUAAUCAUUGAUGCUAUGGGAAACUUCUCUCCAAUCACAAGACAGAUACGGCAAGGAAGGAAGCCAGAUGGUAUCUGCCUUGUUGUUGGUUCUUGUGCACGUGGCUUUAUAAAUAAUACUACAAGUGAUGUCAUCUAUAGCAGUGCACAAGUGCGGAAAAUUGGUCAAUCAGAUGUACAACUAUUUUGGGAGGCAUUUCCAGCUGGUUCUGGCCCAUUGGAUCGGACAACUUACAUGUUUACCUAUAUGGAUCCUCAACCAGGAUGCCCUACCCUUGAAGAUCUCUUAGAAAGUUACUGGGAAUUGAUGCCGAACUAUCAGGGAGUUUCCCUGGGUGACCUCAACAUUAUGAGAGUCGUAUAUGGCAUAUUCCCUACUUAUCGAAACAGUCCACUGCCAGCUGCAUUUAACCGUAUUCUACAGUUUGGUGAUGCUAGUGGUAUUCAAUCCCCAGUUUCAUUCGGUGGUUUUGGAAGCUUGACCAGGCAUCUUGAGAGAUUGUCUUCUGGAAUAUAUGAAGCAAUUGAGGGAAAUUUUCUUGACUCGAACAGCUUGUCUUUGCUGAAUCCAUAUCUGCCGAAUCUCAGUGCUUCUUGGUUAUUUCAAAGAGCAAUGUCAGCAAAGCAACAAUCUGAUGUAUCACCUUCUUUCAUCAAUGACCUACUUCAUGCCAAUUUUCAGAGUAUGGAGAAGCUUGGUGAUCCUGUUUUGAGACCAUUUCUCCAGGAUGUCAUUCAAUUUGGACCUCUAGUCAAAACAUUGGGGUUAGUCAUGGUUACUAAACCUCUCAUCAUUCCUUCCAUAUUCAAGCAGGUUGGAUUUCCUGUGCUGAUUGACUGGUCAAGCCAUUUUCUUAUGCUUGGUUAUUACACAUUCCUCUCGACCUUUGUAGAUCCCUUUAUUAGGUCUUCAAUCAACACAUUCCCUCCCAAGAUGAAGUUUCAGUGGAAGCGAUAUCUUGAUGCUUGGAAAUAUGGAGCUGGUUUGGACUAUUGACUGAAUGCAAGGUUAUCAAAAUCGUGAUUCUACUUUGAAUAGGAAGGGACUCUUAGAAUCGAAAUCUAAUGAUUCUACGAACAAGUAUAAUCAAGAUUUUAUUUUCAAAAUUCAUUUAUAGUGCUUAUAUUAUAGGAGAAAAACUUAAUAAUUGAAAUAUAUAGUUGUUUAAUAGCUAAAUAAGCAAUAAUUAACAAUAUUUAUCUAUUAAUAACUUUCUCAACAUGA